GGUCCAUUGAAAAUUUUCAAACGAAAAUCGACGGCGCCUGCUAAGAGGUCGCUGUAGUUCAAAAACAAAUCUAACGUACAACAUCACAGCCCCCCAGAAUAAAUCACGACGAAUUGCGGCAUUCUUCGCAAUAAACCAGUGAAAUUGCCACAAAAAAUUCGAAACCGGCGAAAUCAGCUGUAGUGGGCGGUGUGCGCGUCGUGUGGGUGUGUGCGAGGGAGAGACAUCUCGACUGCGUGCGUGUGUGUGUGUGCGAGGGAGAGGUUCCAAUCAGAAAGCCAGGAUAUACAAGCAACAUCUGUGAAAAUUGUUAAUUGAUCGUCCUAUUCGAAUCAAAUCGAAAUCAACGUGGACAAAAUGGAUCUGAACUUUGGCGAACUGAAGAAGGAGGCAGCGGCCGUCAACGAGGACAUUUUCCAGCGGGCACAAAAGGCCUACGAGGAUUCAGGAAUCGGUGGCGAUGCUGGCAACGUGAGUGGUGGCGCCCAGGACGACAAUGCCCAUACGGAGCACUAUUUCGCCAAUGAGCAAAAGAACCUGGACUUUGGUGAUCCCCAGGCCUUUGUGCAGCGCAUUUCCGCCGGCGUCAAGGAGGCAGAGAAGCAGCUGGAUGCCAAGUUCGCCCACAAAGUCGACGAUUUCGAGGACUUUCUCAGUGAUGCCGGAAAGGAGGUGAAACAGGGCAUCUCUGGCCUGACCACUGACUUUAUGAAUGCGGAGCGAAACUUUGCCGCUCCCCUGGCGCCCUUCUCAGAGGCACCUGCUCCGGCAGUGCCGGUUCCAGCUCCAGCCCCAGUGGCUCCAGCACCUGCUGUUCCGGCCCCAGCUCCAGCACCUCCUGCCCCAGUGGAGGAAGAUCUUCUGGGCAGCUUCAGUGACCAGCCAUCAUCGGCUCCGCUCCAGGCCUUCCAGCCCACGGCACCGUCCAAGGCCAAUUUCUAUGAUGACGACGACGACGACGUCGACGACGAGGAGGAGGAUGACUUUCUGGGCAAGCCUGCUGCUCAGCCUGCUCCACCUGCUCCACUGACCAAUGCCAACCAGGAUUCGGACACCGAAUCGCCGUCCGUCUCGUACACUCCCUCGCCGGCCAAAAAACCCAUUGUGGAUGCUUUGAAGGAACAGGACAACGAGAAGUUCAUUUCAUCGGAGGAUCUGCUGAGUGAUUUCAAGGAGGAGCCCCGCACAACGGUCACAGUCGCACCCGUUCCGGCUCCCACUGCUCCAGUUGUGGUGGCGCCAGUGGCCAAACCCCCACCGGUUCCAGUGGCUGUUCCCGUGACAACCGCUUUGGUAACCGACCUGGAUGACGAGGAGGUGGUGUUCAAGCCCAGUGUCCAAGAGGCGCCCAAGGUAGCCCCAGCCCCAGCCCAAGCUCCAGCUCCAGCCGCACCCGAACCGAAACCAGAGGCACCCAAACCCAAGGAGGAGCCGCCCAAGCCGAAGGCUGUUCCAGUGCCAGCUGUAUCUUCGUCCUCGCCGCCGCAGCCCAAGAUUGUGUCCGUCGAGGAGAUCUUCUACAAAUACGGAUUGGAUGCCUGGUUCAAGCCCGAACGUUUGCACCCGCAAGUGGAAUCCCUGAUCUACUGGCGUGAUGUGAAGAAAUCCGGCAUUGUUUUCGGCGCCGGCCUGAUCACAUUGGUGGCCAUCUCCAGCUUCUCGGUGAUCAGCGUGUUUGCCUACUUGUCGCUUUUGGCUCUUUUCGGCACCGUUGCCUUCAGAAUCUACAAAUCGGUGACACAGGCUGUGCAAAAGACAAACGAGGGACAUCCCUUCAAGGAAUACCUGGAGCUGGAUCUGGCGCUGUCGCAGGACAAGGUGCAGAACAUUGCCGGCGUGGCUGUGGCACAUAUCAAUGGCUUCACCUCCGAGCUGAGGCGUCUGUUUCUGGUUGAGGACAUCAUUGAUUCGAUCAAGUUCGGCGUCAUUCUGUGGGUCUUCACCUACGUGGGUGCCUGGUUCAACGGCAUGACUCUGGUCAUCUUGGCCUUUGUCUCGCUGUUUACCUUGCCCAAGGUUUACGAGAACAACAAGCAAUCGAUCGACACCUACUUGGAUCUGGUGCGCAGCAAAUUGACAGAAAUCACCGACAAGAUCCGGGUGGCCAUUCCCAUUGGCAACAAGAAGCCCGUGGCUGCUGCCACUGAGUCUGACAAGGACAAGUAAAAACAACCCGCACUAGCUACAGAAACAACCACAAUAAAAACAUGUUUAUUUAUUUAUUAAGCAUUAUUUGAAUGGUUUUAAUAUUCAUCCAGGCAUUAAAUAAAUAACAAAUCUAGCAGCAA